CAUGCAUUCGCUUCCAACAACAUCACAAACAAAACAUGGGAGUAAGAGGCGCGGGGAGGAUAGUGGAGAAGCGAGAUGAUGAAGGUGGUGAGGAUCUGCCACCCGAAUUAAAACAGAUCAAAGCGAAAAUCGAAAGUGAAAGAUCUCUGCAUAUAAGUAAAACAUUCACGUUGAGAUGCCAACCGAAUGCGGCUAGUAUUCAUGCUUCUCAACAUCAAUUUCUUGCCUUUAUUCGGUGUCUUGGAAAGAAAAAUAAUGGAAGAGACAGUAUGCUUCUCUCGAGAAUGAAAACACCGCUCCAUCGUUUCAAUGGCUACUCCAAUGAUUCUAAAGAAGCAGAUGAAGCUCUUGUAGAAGUUCCAUUACCAAGAACUGUCGAGCUUCCAUUGGUUAAGCAGCUACCUCGAUCCACUACAUGGGUUUACACGGCUAGGCAUCAACAACUCCUCUGUGUGGAUGGUGAGACAGUAGAAUUGGGCGGUGUACAAGAAGGCGAGAAAGAAAAAUUAGAAUUUUCCGAAGAUGUAGAUCGGUUUAUAUGGACGAUUGGGCAGGAACAUCGUUUGGAUGACCCGGUGACGUUGACUGCUCUCUCUAAGUUCCUUCGAUUAAAUGUUUCAGUUAUAUCGGAGAGAUACAAGGAGCUCAACAGGCUUAAGAAUGAAGGAAAUAUUGGGGAAGUUUCUGAUAAGAACAAAUAUAUUUCUCUUUCGGAGGCUACUGAUAUGCAUUUUUGCCGUCGUUGCUUGGUAUUUGCUUGUCAACUGCAUGGAGAAGACCAGCCUGUGAUUUAUCCUGGAGAAAAGAAAUGUACUAUAGUUGAGAAUGGAAAUGUUAGAAACAAAUGCAGUGAGCAUUGUUACGUCAAGCUAAUUAGGAGUGACACAGAAGGUGAUCAUGUGGUGGAUAAUGAUAACUCUAUAUCGAACAAGAAAGGGAAGAAUGUGGUCUCAGAUACAAACACAGAAACUGAAGAUAGUGCAUUGACUGCUACUAAUGAAAUAAUAAAAGAUAUCACAAAGAUGUCCCUUGCAUGUGAGGAGUGGACGUCAUUGGAGAAGCAUCUUUACUCGCAAGGAGUUAAAAUCUUUGGGAGAAACAGUUGUCUUAUUGGAUUAAACUCACUUACGGGGCUUAAGACGUGUUUAGAGGUUUACAGCUACAUGCGUGACCAAGAUCAAGAACAUAACGAAACAAACAAUCAGGUAUCCGGAAAAAAACCAAGGGUGGUGCGGAGAAAAGCCAAACUCCAAAAGCAUUCUUGUUAUCCGACUGCUUUGAGAAAUACAACAAAGGAACAAAACAAGUCGUAUAAGCAGUACACACCAUGCGCUUGCGAGCCAGUAUGUGGAGCUCAAUGCCCUUGUUUAGCUAGUGGAAAUUGCUGCGAGAAAUAUUGCGGGUGCCUAAAGAAUUGCAAGAAUCGGUUUGGAGGAUGUACCUGUGCAAAGGGUCAUUGCGUAAACCGACAAUGUCCUUGCUUUGCCUGUUCUCGUGAAUGUGAUCCAGAUAUCUGCCGGAACUGUACGCCUAGCUGUGGACAUGCCCCUGCUCAGGGUGAGAGACCACGUGUAAACCAAUGCGAGAACAUGAGAUUUCUCCUUAAGCAACAUAAGAGGCUUCUCGUGGGAGAGUCUGCUAUUCAUGGAUGGGGUGCCUUUACACGGCACACUCUUAAAAAAAAUGACUUUAUCGGAGAAUAUACUGGCGAAUUGAUUUCUCAUGAGGAAGCAAACGAACGUGGGAAAAUAUACGACGUUAGUAACGGUUAUUCGUACCUCUUUACCUUGAAUGACAAGCUCGUCAUUGAUGCUCGCCGUCUAGGAAACAAAAUUAGAUAUCUCAAUCACAGAUCAAAACCUAACUGCUACGCCAAGUUGAUGACUGUGAGAGGAGAUCAUAGGAUUGGACUAUUUGCGAACAGAGUUAUCCAAGAAGGUGAGGAGCUUUUCUUCGACUACUGCUAUGGAGCAGAACACGCGAGUUGGUUGGAUAAGGACAUCGAUCCAUCAUCUAGCAGUUAGACUUGGAUCUGAGGAAAAGCGACACAAGCAGUCGUCAGUCGUUUUAAGAGUUAUAAUGCUAUUUGCGUUACUAAACACCAAAAUUUAUCCAUCUGUUUUGUUUGCUUUAAAGUUUCCUUUUCGUAUUCCAAAUCCCCCAUAAACAAUAAGUUUCAGUUGAAAGGGGGUAGACAUUGAAGAAUUGUGGUUGUUCUUGGUCGUUUUGAGUUUAUUGAUUAAUCUGCUUUUA